UCACGUGACGUCCUACGCCCGCCCCACUCUGCAGCUGAAGACUUCCCCUCCCGCAGUGACAGAGCCUCUGGGUCGGUGAUCGGUACAGUUUCUGCACCUCGCGCCCCGGCAGGUAAAUUAACAUGAUGGAUUUCUCCAAGCUCCCCAAAAUACGUGAUGAAGAUAAAGAAAGCACAUUUGGUUAUGUGCAUGGGGUCUCAGGACCUGUGGUUACAGCCUGUGACAUGGCAGGCGCAGCCAUGUAUGAGCUGGUGAGAGUGGGCCACAGCGAGUUGGUUGGAGAGAUUAUCCGAUUAGAGGGAGACAUGGCUACCAUCCAGGUGUAUGAAGAAACUUCUGGUGUGUCUGUUGGAGACCCUGUACUGCGCACUGGUAAACCCCUCUCAGUUGAGCUUGGUCCAGGCAUUAUGGGCGCCAUUUUUGAUGGUAUUCAAAGACCUUUGUCGGAUAUCAGCAGUCAGACUCAAAGUAUUUACAUUCCCAGAGGAGUAAAUGUGUCUGCUCUUAGCAGAGAUGUCAAGUGGGAUUUCACACCUUGCAAAAACCUACGGGUUGGUAGUCACAUUACUGGUGGAGAUAUUUACGGAAUUGUCAAUGAGAACUCUCUCAUCAAACACAAAAUCAUGUUGCCUCCACGAAACCGAGGAACUGUCACCUACAUUGCUCCACCUGGAAAUUACGAUACCUCUGAUGUUGUGUUGGAGCUUGAAUUUGAAGGUAUAAAGGAGAAGUUCAGCAUGGUCCAAGUAUGGCCUGUACGUCAGGUUCGGCCUGUCACUGAGAAGUUGCCAGCUAACCAUCCUCUGUUGACUGGCCAGAGAGUCCUUGAUGCCCUUUUUCCAUGUGUACAGGGAGGAACUACUGCAAUCCCCGGGGCUUUUGGCUGUGGGAAGACAGUGAUAUCACAGUCUCUAUCCAAGUAUUCCAACAGCGAUGUGAUCAUCUACGUAGGAUGUGGUGAGAGAGGAAACGAAAUGUCGGAAGUCCUCCGGGACUUCCCAGAGCUCACGAUGGAAGUCGAUGGUAAGGUAGAGUCAAUUAUGAAGAGAACAGCAUUGGUAGCCAAUACAUCCAAUAUGCCUGUGGCUGCUAGAGAAGCUUCUAUUUAUACUGGAAUUACACUGUCAGAAUAUUUCCGUGACAUGGGCUAUCAUGUCAGUAUGAUGGCUGACUCCACCUCUCGAUGGGCUGAGGCUCUUAGAGAAAUCUCUGGUCGUUUAGCUGAAAUGCCUGCAGAUAGUGGAUAUCCUGCAUAUCUUGGUGCCCGUUUGGCCUCUUUCUAUGAGCGAGCCGGCAGAGUGAAGUGUCUUGGAAAUCCUGAGAGAGAAGGGAGUGUCAGCAUUGUAGGAGCAGUUUCUCCACCUGGUGGUGACUUUUCUGAUCCAGUUACAUCUGCUACUCUUGGUAUUGUUCAGGUGUUCUGGGGCUUAGAUAAGAAACUAGCGCAACGUAAGCAUUUCCCUUCUGUCAAUUGGCUGAUCAGCUACAGCAAGUACAUGCGUGCCUUGGAUGAGUACUAUGACAAACACUUCACAGAGUUCGUUCCUCUGAGGACCAAGGCUAAGGAGAUUCUGCAGGAAGAAGAAGACUUGGCAGAAAUCGUACAGCUGGUGGGAAAGGCUUCUCUAGCAGAAACAGAUAAAAUCACUCUGGAAGUAGCAAAACUUAUCAAAGAUGAUUUCCUUCAACAAAAUGGAUAUACUCCUUACGACAGGUUCUGCCCAUUCUACAAGACAGUGGGGAUGCUGUCCAACAUGAUCGCCUUUUAUGAUAUGGCCCGCAGAGCUGUUGAAACCACUGCCCAGAGUGACAAUAAAAUCACAUGGUCCAUUAUCCGUGAGCACAUGGGGGAGAUCCUCUAUAAGCUUUCCUCCAUGAAAUUCAAGGAUCCAGUGAAAGAUGGUGAGGCGAAGAUCAAGGCCGACUAUGCACAACUUCUUGAAGAUAUGCAGAAUGCAUUCCGUAGCCUUGAAGAUUAGAACUGUGAUUUCUCUCCUCCUUUUCCUCAGCAAGCUCUCAUAUGUGUAUAUUUUCCUAAAUUUCUCAUCUUGGACCCUUUGCUUCUUUACUGUGCAGGUUUGAGACUAGUGCCUCUGUGUGUAAUCAUUUGUUUCCCCAUUUAUUUGAUAGGUCUUAUAUAAAACAAACAUUCCUUUGUUCCAGUGUUUGAAGGGCCCCCCCUGAACAUUUCUCCGAAGUGGUGAAUGUAGUAAAUUUGAUACACGAUGGCUACACUACUGUAAACUUGUAUGUGACGUCUCUCCUUGUCCUAGGUUUACCCUUUCCUCAUCACUAUUAAAUUGUAAACAGGACUGCUGCAUGUUACUCUCUUUGCAGUGGAUUUGGAAUGGAAGGCCAGACUUCUUUACAUUUUGACAGGUACUUUGUGAAAUGACUUUACUUGCAGCUUAGCAUUUUGCUAAGUAACUGCUUUGCAGGAAAUAAUUGCUUGUUUUAAAACGUGAAUGAUUAAUGUUUCGAUUAUAUGUUGCUUCCCCCAGUAUAAAUCAAGAACGUCUGUGGGAAACUGUUGAAAACUAUACUGUUUUUAAAGCAGGCAUCUGUGGCACUCCAGGCAUCUGUGGGGCUCAGCACAGUAGAUGAAUCAGUGCCCUCUAAAAACGUGAAAGAGGAGCUAGGUGGUCAAACUUAGGUUAACAUCACCUUGUUAAAGCCUUUUUUAUUUCACUGGGAAAAAUUCAGUAUCAAGGACUAUUCUACUACAUGACUAGGCAGUUCUUUUUAAAAUUACAUUUAAAACAAUCAUGAGCACUUGAUUCACAUCACACCUUCUCUUUUUUCCUCAAACAUCUUAGAAGGCUAAGCUUCUGAGAAUCAUGUGGCAGUGUGAUGGGCAGAAAAAUGCCACAGAGAAUAUAUUUUGUAGUGGUUAAAGGCUGUUUGCACCUCUAAGGACCAGUUGGGCUUUGGUGAUUCUUGGGGCCAGAGUGGCAUUAUGUUUUUACAAGAUAAUAACAUGUGUCACAUGUUUGCAUGUUUGUUUGCUUAUUGAAUCUUUGAACAACCAGUUUCCUGAUUGUAGAAAACACUGUUCUUUCAUGUGAUUUAUGACUCACUGGCUCGAAAGAGUUCCUAGAAUAUCUGUAGCUGUAGCAGCAUAACAGUUCCAAUUCUCUUUCAUAGGAAUGAAGUUAAUUCUAAAAUCAGCAGAUGCAAGAUAACAGAAUUUGGGUUAUGUGAAAAAAAGGAUUAUUUCUUCCUAUCUUUUAAGUAUAUAUCUUUUAAGUAUAGUUUCUGCACUUGUAUGAUAAGGCACACUGCAGAACAGCUCUGAAAACAUCAGUUUCCCAUGAAGUCUUUCUGACCAAUCAUGCUGGCGCCAUUGCUUCCUCUUUGGGAAGAGGAAAGGGUAUGUGAACAUGUCCAACAGUCUCAAAUACUGAAAUGUAAUAGCAUUUAUUUAUGUUACGCCUCAGUAUGUUGUUAUUUAAGUUUUUAAGUAAUGUAUUUCUUUUGGUCUAUCAAGGAAAGAUGCAGUCAAUAGAGAAUUCAGCUUUGUUUGUUUAAAUCCUUACAGAUUGCAUUUUCUUACAAUGGCCUGCUUUUCAGGAUAAGUAUCCUUCUUUAACCUUUCGGAGUAUUUGGAAGAUAAAAAUUAUGCAAUGAUUUGUUGAGAUGUGGACAUAAUGGUGCUGCUUAAUCAGUUUGCUUCCAGUAUGGCCUCCUACCUAGAGGCCCUAAGACCAGUGGAAAUUAAAAGAAUUUCAAAAAUCUUUCAGUUCCUACCUUAAAUCUACCAGCAAACUAGGAUUGUGAUAGUCAUGAAUGAUAUGGCAAAGAAAGUUUGACCAAGUUUGUCUUUUGUUGUUCUGAAUUUGCAAUAUACAUUCUUACUCUUUUUUAAGAACGUUGGGGUGUGGCUGUGAAGCUACUAGCGAGACUUCGCUCAGAGCCUCAUUGUAAGUGUCCCUCCACCUAUAUGUUGUAGAAUUUCACAUUGGUCACAGUUUCUUUAGUAAGAAUGUGUCAAAGUUACAAUAAUCUUUUAAAAAGAUGAUUCAGUUCUAUAUUUAUUGUGCUGUGUCUGGUCCUGAGUGGAGCCAGUUAACAAGUUUCAUAUGUAUUUUUCCAGUGUUAAAUCUCACACAUUGUACCCUUUGGAACUUUCCAUCCUGAAGAGUGAAUAGAAGAGGUCAUGUGUAUUGCCUCCUUAUCCUUAAAGUUUCACUAUCUUUAUGUGAAAAAAGUUGUGUAUAAUUGUUAAAAUCUAUGAAAGAAUAAAAAGUGGAUUUAAAUUAA